AUGAGGAUAAUCUUAGAAACCCCCUGUACCCCUGAAAACGUGGACUACACAUACUCCUGCGAGACGGGCAUGGCCUCCCUGAGCUGGAACGAGACUUUGGGCAGGAAGAGUUUCUAUGCCCAUGUCCAUUCUGAAGACCACAUGGCCUCCUGCAGCACCACCCAGACUGACUGCUCCCUCCCCCCCCUGCUCUGCGGCCGCAUGUACGAUGUGAAAGUGAUCACUGUGGCUGACCACUGCAACAGCAGCGUGCCGGGUGUGACGCAGAUACAGACAGCCCCCUGUGCUCCCAUGAAUGUCAGUGCCUCUCUGGUUUGUGACAACAACACGGCGGCGGUGAGCUGGCUACACAGUCCCGGUGCGGUGUCGUACACAGUGACAGCACGAGGCCAAGAUGGCGAUAUCAAACAGUGCACCUCAAACAGCACACACUGUCAGCUACCCAACAUGCACUGCGCCCAGACUUACGUGAUCACUGUCACCCCUUUCUCCGAUCACUGCAAGGGCUCUGACAGCGAUCCACUCACCUACAUCGCAGGUCCCUGCCCGCCCACCAAUGUUCACGUGUCCCUGCAGUGUGCCGGUAACAUGGGCCUUGUGACGUGGGACGCUGCCCUGCAAGCAGAUCUCUAUGUGGCCACAGCGAUACCCUCUGAUUUGGAUGACCAUGCCCACAACUGCACCUCCAAUGGAACAAGCUGCUCUCUCACGGACCUCCACUGUGGCGAGACAGCUGUUGUCACGGUGGUCACCGUAGAGAGGGGCUGCCGGAGCAAACCCAGCCUGCCUUUCACUUUCCAUUCAGUCAUCUGUCCACCACCUGUUGUGACUGGUGUGACAAAUUGCGAGAACAAUGACAUCACAGUAAGCUGGGACCAGAGUCCAGAGAGUGGUGCUACCUACUUAGUCCACUCUCAGAAAGACGGUGGGGCCAGUGUCAACUACUCUACAGACCAGACGUCACAUGUGAUCACCGGGCUGCAAUGUGGUGAUUUGUAUACGCUGACAGUGGCAGCCAAGGACAAUCAGUGCACCAGCGUUCCCAGCAAGCCUAUAUAUACUGAAACAGCUCCAUGCCCUCCGACCAACCUGACUGCCACGGCCGAAUGUGGCACCAACUUGGGAACGCUGACCUGGGCGCCGAGUACUCACGCUAUCUACUACACAGCUAAAGUGACUGGUACCCACGGACACGUAGUUUCCUGUUCCUCCAACUCAACAACCUGCUCAGUAAAGCUGGACUGUGGACAUCAGUACUCAGCAUUUGUGGUGGCUUCCAGUGCGACAUGCAACAGCAGCAAGGGUGCCACCUUAACUUUUGCCUCAGCUCCCUGCUUACCUGACAGGGUGGUAGCGGAGCUCGACUGCCAGGUGAACUCCUUCGUGGUGCAGUGGAGGGGGAGCAUUGGCGAUGUCGGCUCUUACACUGCCAUGGCAAUCGGCAGUGACAACACCCGUGCAACCUGUAACACCACUGACACAAACUGCACCAUCAAGAACCUAAAAUGUGGCCUCACCUACAGUCUCGUCGUUACUACAUCGUCAGUCGAUUGUGGCACCAUCACGGGCUCCGACUACAUGAUGCAGUCAGCCCCCUGUAAACCAAACAGUGUGUUGGUGAAUCUGCAGUGCAGCACUAAUGUGGCGUCAGUGACCUGGGGAAACUCGGGUCCAAAUCAGACCCAGAUGGUGUCAGCGGUGGACAGCAGAGGACUGAUCACCACCUGUAACUCCAGCAGCUCCAACUGCACCUUCGACCAGCUGAACUGCGGAGAGAGCUAUGCUAUCAGUGUGGUCGGACACACAGAUACAUGCAGCAGUGAACCGGCUCUCGCAGAAAGGCUCAACACUGCUCCGUGUGUUCCUACUCACCUCACAGCACGAGUGGACUGUCAUACUGGCAUCACUGUGGUGACGUGGGACGCAGCACGUGGCGCCAGAUCUUACACCGUCUAUGCUCGGGGCAGUCUCGGCUACAACGCCGAAUGUAACAGCACUGACACCAACUGUCAUUUCCCCAACCUGGCGUGUGGGCAGGAUUACUCGAUUACCGUGGUGGCUCGCCAUGACUCCUGCGUCAGUUUGGUCAGCGAGCCCAUCAACGCCACCACAGGACCUUGCCCCCACAGUGGUCUGAAGACUACACUGGACUGUAACACCAACACAGCUGUGGUGUCUUGGACGCCCGGCAGUGGUAUUCUGUACUACAACGCCUCGGCCGAUGCCUUUGCCAUCACACACCAGAUGACUUGCUCCACCAACGGCUCCGCCUGUAACAUCAGUUCUCUGCGCUGCGGGGAGAGCUACAAGAUUAGCGUCAGUGGACAAGGACAGAACUGCCCCAGUCCUGCCCAAGACUGGCACCGAAUCAACACAGCUCCCUGCCCUCCCACCCUGUUGAGGGUCGACUCAUCCUGUGAAUCAAACAACAUCUCGGUGUCGUGGCAGGCCUCGCAGGGCUCAGUAACCUACAUGGCCGUAGCAGAGAAUGCGCAUGGCCGCCAGUGGUCCUGUAACACCAGCACCACCACCUGCCAGAUAUCUAGUCUCCCAUGUGGGCAGCAGUAUCAGGUCUACGUCGCUGGUCUUGAUGAAAAUUGUAUUGGAGCCAAGAGCAACGUUGAAAUGAUUCAUACAGCUCCAUGCGUGCCGCAGAACAUACAGAACAACCUCGACUGUCUGUCUGGUGUCCUCAACGUUACCUGGCAGUCUACAGGUUACGCUCCUCAGUUCCGUGCCUCUGUGGUGAGCAGCAACGGUCACGUCAGCAUCUGUGAGACGGAUAAACAUCACUGCGUAGUGCACAACAUGGAGUGCGGACUGACCUAUGACGUUACAGUUGUCGCCCAAGAUAAGGCCUGCAAUAGCUCCCACAGCCCCACAAAGCAGGUCAUUACAGCUCCCUGUCCUGUCACGUCCUACAUUCCCACUCUGGACUGUGACACCGGCGUUGUAUCUGUAACGUGGACCGACAGCGUCGCGGGGGUCGUGUACACGGUGUCGGCGAUUGACGCCACAGGUCGGCGACACAACUGUAGCAGUGAAACCAACUACUGUGAUCUCAGCACUCUGGAGUGUGGGAUGCAGUACAACGUUACCAUCACACCAUCCAGGAACGGAUGUGUGGGCAGAGACAGCCCCACAAAAACGAUCAUGACAGUUCCCUGCACACCUCACCUGUCUGAUGUGGAGAUUGACUGCCUGACAAACUCAGCUUGGGUGAUGUGGGAGGAGGCUGACGGCGUUAAAGACUAUGUCGUCUUAACAACAAACAGCGACGGUGACAUCCAGACAUUCGAGUGUAACUCCACCUCAGACGGGACGUGUGCUCUGCCGCCUCUGACUUGCAGCCAGAACCUCACCUUCACCCUCAAAGCCCAAAACCAGCAGUGCCUCAGUGCACCCAGCAAUGCUGUCAUGACUGAGACAGGUCCCUGUCCUCCCGAGGACGUGAAGAAGUCGGUGGGUUGCGACAACCGCACAGUCAGCAUCUCCUGGGAAUCCAUUCCUGGUGCUGUGACAUACACAGCCACGCUGGAGAACACAAACGGAGGCAGCACCUGCUGCACCACGUCGGACACCGGCUGUGACAUCACCGACCUGCCGUGUGGAGAAUUCUACGUCCUGCUCGUCACGGCUGAGGGACGAACCUGCAACAGCUCCCAGAGUUCAGGGGACAUAGUCAAGACAGUGCCGUGUGUUCCUGAUAACCUUGAAGCCAAACUGAGCUGCAGCGACAACGUGGCCUCCAUGUCAUGGAACUACAGCAAAGGAGGACAGCUUUACCAUGUGAGGGCCGUGAGUACCGAUGGCCACGUGGAUGAGUGCACCUCUCAUGAGAACCACUGUGAUCUGACAGGCCUGCGCUGCGGCCAGUACUACACAGCUAGUGUGAUUGCAGAGGACAGAGACUGCAGGAGCAAACCGAGCGACAGUGUGCAAAUCAAGACUGUGCCGUGCACUCCUGCAAAUGUCUCCUCCGUGGUGGACUGUAAGACCAGUGCUCUGACUGUGUCCUGGUCCGAGAGCUCGGGAGCCGAUUCGUACCUCGCCACAGUGCAGGACAGCAACGGUCAGACCACAACCUGCCAGGGCAUGACCGAGGGCUCCUGCAACGUGACGGGACUCGGCUGCGGUCAGAUCUACCACGUGUCUGUAGUCUCCUCUGAUGGAUACUGUGACAGCCCGCCCACCAAUGCGAUUGACACACCUUCAGUCCCCUGUAAACCGAGACACAUCGAGGCAGUCAUGGACUGCUACACACAGAAGGCUAUGGUGACCUGGUACCCAAGUGAUGGAGCUUCGUCGUACGUGGUCUUGGCCACCACCGCGUCAGGCCUCAAUGUCACCUGUGAGACGAACACCACCCACUGUGAUCUGGAAGAGCUGCCCUGUGGACAGAGCUACUCCAUCUCUGUCGAAGCUGUAGGAACGACCUGCGGCAGCAUCGCUCACAUGACAGGAAAGCUGGUCACUGAGCCGUGCAUCCCUAAACUCAUCAGCACCCAGUACAGCCUGACGAUCGGCCAAGUAUUGUGGGACAGGACCGCUGGUGCUGAUCACUACACAGUGGAAGGGGUGACAGAGCAGGGCCUCAUGGUCUCCUGUACCACCAACGACACCUACUGCGCCUUGUACAACAUGAAGUGCGGUCAGAUGUACAACAUCAGUGUCACGGCAAACAAUUAUGUGUGCCAAGAUGUGUCCAUCUCAACAGAUUCACUUAUGAUUAAGACCGAGCCUUGCCCGCCCAACAACGUUCAGACCGACGUGCGGUGUGAGAACAACACAGGGGUCAUGACAUGGGAGGCCAGUUUUGGUGCCGUGGGCUACGAGGCUCGUCUCGCAGGGCGUGACGGCCACUCCCUGUCCUGCCGCACCGAGGACACUUUCUGUAACGUAGAAGGCCUCCACUGUGGAGUGGUCUACUACACCAACGUCAUCGCCAUCGGAGAGACGCUCAACAGCAGCAUCUCUACCACCGUCCUGCUGGUCUCAGCUCCCUGUGCAGCAGGAAACGUGACAGUUAACAUGGACUGCUACAACAACACAGCCGAGGUCUCCUGGAGCUCGGCCAGUGGAGCCAGCUCUUACUUGGUGACCGCUGUAUCAGCUGAUGGCUCCUGGGCUUCAUGUGAGACUGCCGAGGGCCAGUGUGAUCUGACAGAGCUACAGUGUGGUCAGAUGUAUAACGUCAGCCUUGCGGCCAUCAGCGACCACUGCCAGACUGAUACAAACAGUCAUGUCACUUUUAACACAGGGCCAUGUAAACCUUUGCGUGUUGGAGCGGACCUGCAGUGUGGGAUGAGCACAGCCAACAUGUACUGGGAGGAAACAGAGGGAGUGGAGCUUUACAUGGCUACUGCCACCUCCAGCACAGGGAUGACUCUGAAAUGCAACUCCACCAACUCCACCUGCCAGUUCUCCAACUUGGACUGCGGGGAAACCUAUGAAUUCUCCGUAACUGCGUUCAGUAACAUGUGCUACAGCGAAAUCAGCGGCACUGCGGAGGUUCAGACAGAACCCUGCCAGCCAGCUGACCUAACAAUUGACGGGUCGUGUUACAAUGAGACGGUGGUACUGGAUUGGUCGGCAGCUAAAGGUGCAUUAGUCUAUGAGGUGACAGCUACGGGAGACCUGGGAUACGUCACGUCUUUCCAAACCAAUGACACAACGAUAGAGGCUGAGCUGCCUUGUGGACAGCUGUUUACUUUCACUGUGAAGGCUCAGGAUGAUCAAUGUGACAGUGCUGAGAGCCAGCCUAAAGAGUUUAAGACAGGCCCCUGUGUACCCCGGCAUGUACAGAGCUUUACACACUGCGAGGACAGUCUGGGAUCAGUCAGCUGGGCUGAGAGCGACGGGGCAGACUCCUACCUGGCCAUCGCAGUGGGACAGGACGGCCACACCCACAUGUGCAGCACAAACACCACCAGUUGCACCUGGGAUGACCUGCACUGUGGCGAGCAGUACACAGUUCAUGUCAUCGCCAACGACUACCUGUGCAGCAGCAUGCCGAGCAACAGGACUUCAAUACGGAUGGCACCCUGCAUACCACAAAAUCUAGAAUCAUCUCUUAACUGCACUAUGAAGGUGGGUUCGCUGAGCUGGAGUGCAAGUGAAACCGCAUCGUUCUACAUUGUGACGGCAGAGACAAACAACGGCCACAAAAUGCAGCUCAGCACCAACGACACCUGGACGUACAUUUCUGAGUUCCAGUGCGGCCAGGAGUACUUCUUGUCUGUUCAGGCCGUAGACUCUGUUUGCACAAGCCGUCCCAGUGUGCCGUCAAAGCUGGAGUCAGAGCCUUGCCCUCCCACCGGCGUCUCCAGCUUCAUGAACUGCCUCUCCAACAUUGCUGUUAUAUCGUGGACCGGCUCGGCUGGCGCGCAGUUUUACACCGCCACAGUGACGCAGGAAGACGGCCAAUCACAAAGCUGCUGGUCUGACAGUGAGCACUGCGGCAUGCCAAAUGUCCACUGCGGACAGAACUACACGGUGACAGUUGUCGCCUCCAACGAGAAGUGCAACUCUUACCCCAGUAAGGCCGACACACUGCAGUCAGUUCCUUGUGUUCCUACUGAUGUGAAUGUGAAGAUGAACUGUUCUAAAAAUCAGGCUCUCGUGUCCUGGAGUGCCAGCAAGGGGGCGUUGUCUUACAAAGUGACAGCUCAGAGCACACAGGGAGCCGUGUCCUCCUGUGAGAGUAAAGACCCGAUGUGCAUCUUGACCAACUUGACCUGCGGACAAUCUUAUACUGUCCAGGUGGUGGCGCAGGACGACAUCUGCUCCAGUUUGCCCAGCCCAGCUGCCGAGUUCAAAUCAGUUCCCUGCAUACCCAAAAUUGGCUCAGUGGUUGUGGACUGCUUCACCAACUCGGCCCUGUUGGACUGGGACUUCGCUUUGGGGGCCUUGCACUACACCGCAACAGCCCGGUCCUCCAGCGGCCAUGUUUCCACUUGCAAAUCCAACUUCACCAACUGUGAGCUGGAGAACCUGCAGUGCGGCCAGACCUAUGAUGUGAUCACUGUGGCCUCAAAUGAGAAGUGUGACAGCCCACCCAGCUCCAGUUUGCAGGUGGAAUCAGUGCCUUGUCCUCCUGAGGAUGUUGUGGUUGCACUGAACUGCUCUACUAACACGGCCCUCGUGGAGUGGCAGGCCAGCAAGGGAGCUGAUUCCUACAUCGUCCAAGCCUUCGGCGUGGAGGAACAUGAAUCUGGCUGCGAGACAGACUCAGGUUCCUGCGUCCUCUCUGAUCUCUUGUGUGGCUUCACCUACAACAUCACUGUGAUCGCCGUCAACAACGUGUGCAAUGUGUCGCAGAGUGACAUGAAACAGCUACAAGCAGUGCCUUGUGCACCGCAGCAGGUGGAGGCUCGGGUGGCUUGUGAGUCUGGUGCCGUGGCGGUCUCAUGGGAGCCAAGCAGAGGGGCAUUAUCCUACACCACAGUCGCCCAGGGCAACGGUGGCUACGAGUCAACAUGCAACAGCAACGACACAACAUGCCUGUUCAACGACUUGCUGUGUGGCCUCAACUACUCCAUCAUUGUUAAGGCCUUAGAUGAGACGUGUGACAGUGCUGAAAGUUCUGCUGUUGUGAUCAGCAAAGGGCCGUGCGUACCACAGAAGGUAACAGCAGAGAUGGUGUGCGGCAAUGACACAGGUGUGGUGUCAUGGGAAGAAGGAGAGGGUGUGUCCUCCUACAUGGUGCGAGCUUCGGGACCCAAUGGUCACAGGAUCCAGUGUAACACUGCUGAAACCAUUUGCGAACUACCCAACAUGCAAUGUGGCCAACUCUACAACUUGACACUGACAGCUCAGGAUGGACAGUGUGACAACAGUCACGCUUACCUCAACUUGCAGUCAGUGCCUUGCAGGCCCACCAAUGUCAAGGCGUCUCUACUGUGCCGCUCAAAUUCAGCUGCGGUGACAUGGGAGCCAGCCAGUGGAGCUGUCUCCUAUCUUGCUGUGGGUGUCACAGAGGACGGAGGCCACCGGAUUGAGUGCAACAACACCAUGACCCACUGUGACCUGAGCGGCCUGCAGUGUGGACAGACCUACAACGUGAGCGUGUUCAGCCGGGAUGAGUCCUGCUCCAGCGUGGAGAGCGACAAGGCUUACGUGCGAACAGCCCCCUGUGCACCACAGAACGUGACAAUUGAUGCCCAGUGUGAUGAAGGCGCUAUGACCGUGUCCUGGUCACCCAACCCUGAUGCACAGUACUUCCACGUGGCAGCAGUGAGCAACAAAGGGGCGAGACUCUACUGUAACUCGAGUGGCACAGUCUGCACCAUAGAAAAUCUACCAUGUGGACAGAGCUACAACGUUACUGUGUUGUCUGUAAGAGAUGACUGCGAGAGCAAGCCGAGCCCUACCGUUGUGACUUCUUCAGCUCCAUGUGUGCCCAGCAACACCAAAGGCCGCCUGGACUGCGUAUCUAAUUCUGCCUGGGUGACUUGGGACGACUCAGAAGGAGCCCUCAGCUAUACCGUGCUGGCCCAGGGGGUCGGAGGUCACAACUCUACCUGUACUACCGCCUCCUCUCCCUGUAAUGUGCCAGAUCUGAAAUGUGGGACGCUUUACACCUUCCAUGUCACUGCUGUCAACGAACACUGCCGCAGUGAUAACAGCACCACCUUUGAGCUCGAGACAGGUCCUUGUGCUCUAACGUCCAUCAGUGCAGUGACAGGAUGCAACAGUGACACAAUCCUGGUUGAAUGGGAGCUGAAUCAGGACACACCUAUCUACCUGGUGACCGCCGAGGGCCACGACCAGACCCUCAUUUCCUGUAACAGCACCUCCAAUUCAUGUGUGCUCCAGGAUAUUCGCUGUGGCAUGCACUACAGCAUCAUUGUAUCAGCUUCUUCUGAUAAGUGCAGCAGCCUCAGAAGUCCACCAAAGAAGAUUAAAACAGCGCCCUGUGUCCCAGACAACGUGACAGUGGCACCAUCAUGUGAGGAGAAUGGAGCCACGGUGACGUGGGCCGACUCCCCUGUGGCCACAUCCUACCUGCUGACAGCAACAGGAAGGGACGGACACGUCACGAAAUGCAACUCCUUAGUGAACAACUGCACCCUUGCUAAUCUGCACUGCGGACAGCCGUACAACUUGAGCAUCACUGCCAGUGGAGACAACUGCACCAGCCCGCCCAGGACCACAUCCUUCAGAACAGUGCCCUGUGAGCCCUCCGGUCUAGCAGUGGAUAUCGAAUGCAAGACCAACUCUGCCACCCUUUCUUGGAGUGCCAGUGAGGGUGCUGUGAAGUAUUUUGGCUGUGCCCAACAUAUGGGUGGAGACGCGUUUUACUGUGAUAGCACCGACACCUCCUGCACCAUCGAAGGCCUGGAAUGUGGCGGCAUGUACAAUUUCUCCGUUGAAGCCUCGAAUGGCGUUUGCAACAGCUCGUUCAGUGCACCUCUGCAGGCUGGAGCAGCUCCGUGUGCUCCGACUGGUCUGAAUGUCCGGAUGCAGGAGAGUAGCCAAACUUACUGGGCCAUGACGUCAUGGGACAGCGUCAACUGUUCCGAAGUCGAGUACUUGGUGGAGAUAACCGGUCGAAUCCAAAACAACCCACAGGCCCUGAUGGAGAUCUCUUCUUAUUGGUCGCCCAGGAAAUAUUUUGAGUUCCCAUUGCCUUGCAGCACAGUUUAUAACAUCACUGUACGCUCCAGAAACUCAGCCGGGAUCAGCAAUCCUUCCAACGCCCUUACUGGAGUCACAGCGCCCUGUGCUCCACAGAAUGUGAAAUACUCUGGUAACAGACAGUCUCCUGUGCUUUCCUGGGAGGCGUCGGUGUUUGCCACACGGUACAUUGUCUACAAUGUGUCGAGCGCAGGCCGUGUCAAGGUUUGCAACACCACAGGGCUCUCCUGCUCGCUGACCAACUUUGAUCCUCACACCAUCGAAGUGACGGCCAGCAACGCCGUAGGACAGAGCAACCCUACCAGCAAUAUUACAGGUCCAGUAGGAACUCGGAGAAGAAGAGAUUUACGGGCUACUCAGGUCUAUGCCAAUUUAGACAGAGAUCUUGAAACUCCAGAGGUGUUGACCGUAACAGUAGGUGGAGUUUCCUUGUAUGUGAAGUGGACGACAGUGAAGGACGCGUCUCAGUAUAUGCUCGUCAUUGAGGAGGAACAGAGAGAGCAGCGGGCCAAUCAGCCGCCUAGAGUGAGAACCGUGGAAGGUGAUUUUUACAUAGAGACUGACCUCAGGCCCCGGACCACCUACUGCGUCAGGCUUGCAGCCAAAAACGCCAUCAGCCAAAGCAACUACUCCAGGCCAAAGUGCAGAACCACUGGUGCCUCCUAAUGAAAGGACUGGACUAAGCAGAAAUACCAUUAUAUGGCUUAUAUGUUUAUUGUCUCCACUCAGUAGCAUCCUUAACAGAAUUGUUAUCGGUUCAAUCUUUAAACCUUUAGGGGGAAAAUUGUAAAAAGAAAGUAAAUACAACUACAAAGUUUUAAGAAAGGUCUUCUGUUUGGGGUACGUCUUACAUGUCACAAAUAAAUUAAGAUCAAACAUGAGGAGAACUUUAGAUUGGAAUACUUAUAAAUCUUUGAUAGCAAUAGGUUAUAUACAUUAUCAUAAUUGUGGCUGGUAUCAUAGCAGCAUGUGGCAUUUUAUCUGUCUAAGUAUUGAUGAAAUUAUAUUUAUCAAAAAUGGUUCUAUUUUUGAGGAAGGUUAUUAGAUUAUCUGGUUGAUUAUUAAACUGAAAGUAGUGUAAACAAAUAAAGUGAUAAUUUAUCAAGCAAUAUUUUUUAAAACCAUGCAGUAUAUUUUCUUUUUGAUGUACUAUAUGACUUCUCAUUUUGUGAACCAUUUGCCAGAUCUUUUUUAACAGUCUCAGAAGCUGAAGAAAAUCUGUGAAACAUUAAACACCCCUCUGUAUAAACAUCAUUGUUGACAAUUUUCUUUUUCUUAAAAACUUCAGUGUGUGUUUAUAUGUUUGUGUAGUGCUGAACUGGUAACUGAAGGAAUCAUGGCAUGUUAACUUUAUUUUUCUUAUUUUGAGAAUGUCCAUUCUACAAGGUGUAGAACAUUGUGAGUGUCAAUAAUAUCAGCAGUCCAUCAAAACUAAAUAUGCCGCACAAAAAAUUGUUUAAUUUUUAUGGAGAUGUCAACUUUAUUCCAUGCAGUUUGAUUUUUAGUCAGACCAUUAAACAGACAGGACCAUGGAGACUGAAUGUCUAUUACUGAUUUCCCUUUUCUAAUAGGAAACCUGCACUACGACCUACAGCAGCCAGUGUUCAGUCACAACAAAGCUUCUGUGAAACACUGUAAAAAAAUUCUGACUCUUCUUGUGUCUAGAAAAAUUUCUGCGUAUUUCUGCGUUUUCUUGAGUAAUAAAAGGCCAGAUUAUAUAAUAA